AUGUCGUCUGUUCAAAACGAAAAUGAUGCCGUCGAGAGACUCGGAAAUUUACGUUUGGAGACUCAUGAUGAGAGGGAAGAGGAGAACUUGAAAGAGGAAGAAAACGAGGGAGGAAAGGAGGACGAGACUCUUGCUGAAACUGUUGGAGGUAAGGAAAUAGACAACGGGGACAGAUGGAUCUAAUUAUUUGUUUAAUUAGCAACCCUCCAACUAGUAAACUGAUAUUCCUUGAGUUUUUAUCUGAAGCUAGCGUAAGCACGCAGUCAAAGUUGUGGUCGUGGCCUAGAAAAUACCCGGCCAAGUUAUCUUUUCCGGGUUUUUUUUUUGCGCUUGGCACAAUCUUCAGACGUUUCCAGACAUUUACACACAUUGGCAGCCAUACAGAGUGCAAUAGAGUCAAAUAGCUGACGCGGAAGAGUUUUCACACCUGAAUUUCCUAGGCCACGACGACACUUUUGACUGCGCACUGUUCCGUUCAUCAGUUUUUUUUCUGAGAAUUAGGAUUCGGAUCAGGGCUGGGCAAUUGGCCGGCACGGGCUUUUCGUUGGCCGGUCCUUGACCUGAACCUUUGAACCACUUGCAAUAUUCCGAUCAGACCCAAACUUUGCAGGCUUCUUGGACAUUAGUUGAAGCAUACUGGGACCAAGUUUCAGCCCGAUCGGAUCAUCUGGUCCUGAGAUAUGUGGAUCAUUGGCCGAAAUCGGCCGGAAGCCCGCGCUUUUUGGAAAAAAUCGGCCAAUGAUCCACAUAUCAAGGGACCCGACUACCCGAUCGGGCUGAAACUUGAUCCCAAUGACUCUCAAUCCAAGUCCAACAAUCCGGGAAAGUUUGGGUCCGAUCGGAAUAUCGCAAGUGGUUCAAAUGUCCAGGUCAAUGGUCGGCCAACGAAAAGCCCGGGCCGGCCAAUUGCCCAGCCCUGAUUCGGAUAGUUAAAGUAGCAGUAAAAGACAAGUCAGACAGACGCAUGAACUCGGAGGGUGCCCUGGCAUAGCCCAAACUGAAUUCUGAGGCAAUCCUUUCUUCAGAACCUUCUACCAAUUCGAAAACUCCAGAGGAUCUUGUCAACGGAGAGAACUCAAUGUACGUCAAACUGGUGAGCUCGGACGGACACGAGUUCUUCAUCAGGCGAGAACUUGUCACGCACUCGGAGGUCUUCCGCAACAUGCUCGACUGUCCGACCAACAACGCCGACCGCAACACCAUUUACCUGGACAUGCUCACUUCGCCUAUUGUCCGUCGCAUCUGCCUCUUCUUCCACUAUCGCGUUCAGUUCACCAAGAAGAACGGCAACAUCGAGGACUUCGACAUCCCGCCAGAGGAGGCCAUUGAAGUACUUCUCGCGUCAAACUUCUUCGAUCUGUGA